GAAAAAGAUAAAAUAAUCUUGUAUUGUAAGACAAAACAAAUAUUUUUCAAUAUUUUUAAGCAUGAAUAUUACAAGAACAAAUUUGUGUCCUCUGUUGAGAUUUGUAUAUUACAUAUGUAGAUAAGUUUAUGACUCAAGCUGAGCGUCAGUACCGCUAUGGUUAAAUGUUAGAGGCAUAGGGAAGUAAGCAAAUGUCUUGUGACUGAAGUGUGAGAUACCGAGCAUUAUGAAGACUUUCUCCAAUAAAGCGAGCUCGAACGUCGACUACGUACACACGAAUAUACCGUCAUUGAAGAAAAGUACCGGUGCAAACGUAAUCUAUGAACGUCCUCAUUGCCACACGAUCGUUUUUUUCGAAGUCCAACUAACAUGUUUGGCAGAUUAUUAUUAUCACAAGAUGGAAAACACGUGGGCAUUUUAACAACUGUGUGUAAAUAGUAAACAAUAAUGAAAUAAGUGUACAUGUAAUAACCCUCGUGUUUUUGAUACCUGAGUUUUUUUCAUUCUUCAAUUAACAUUUUCCCCACAUUUUGCUUCCUGCGCUCAAUAAUAGUAAACAAAGUGUAGAAGUGGAUUAAAUAUUUCUAGAUAUCAUUAAACAGGGUAAAAAUUAUAUAUGUACAUAUAUAUCCUGAAGUUAUGAAUAAUUAUGAAAUUAUUGAAAUCAAGAGAAAAUCUACUUAGAAAACAAUUUCAAUCCAGAGGCACAGAAUAAUGUGUAUCUUAAACAAAGCUACACAAAAAUUCUUUUAUAAGAGUUAUAACAUACACAUAUUAAAUUACAAGUUAAAUAGAAGCUUUUAAACCUUCUGUCAUUUAGUAAGACAGCAAGUGACAUGUCCUCUAACAUAUGUAUGUGGUUAUGUUAACCAAGUUCUUAUAAAAUGUCAGUUGCCUCCUGUUCGAAAACUAGGAGAAUGGAUACUAUAAGUAGCCAAGAGGAAACGAUAUAUGAAAAAUGGGAACGUUUUCAUAAUUGGGUACAUUGUAUAUGUAUUGUUACUUUUGAUCUUGAAUUAGGCCAAGCUAUAGAGGCUAUAUAUCCGUCUCAUAUCAAACUAUCUGAACAAGAGAGAUCUAACAUUUGUUAUCUUGCUUUUCCUGAUUCUAACUCUGGUUGUAUGGGAGAUACACAAUAUCAUGUCAGAAUAAGACAGAGCGGAGCAAUUCUUCAGGAAACUAAAGCCUUAAAAGAAUAUGACAGGAGAUCACCUCCAUUUUUACAAUGUGAUAGAGAUUAUUACUGGGGUUAUGUAUACUUCCGUCAAGUGAAAGACAAGUCUCUUCCAAGAGGAUAUUUUCAAAAGAGUAUUGUUAUAAUUACAAAACUGCCAUUUGUGAAUCUCUUUGGUGAAUUGUGUGCUUUAAUAGCACCUGAAUUUUUUGAAAUGGGCAAUAAAGUGAUGGAAGCUAUUGUAACAGAAAUUGAUCGAUGGCCUUCUCCAACACCUGGUCAAAUAGUGCAUCUACCACUUUUAGGUGUUUUGUUUCAGACAUAUAUUCCAAAUCAAAACUACAAAGCAACUGCACCUACGAUUGCUGCCAUGGAUCAUGCGCCAAAUUUUCAUGAAACGCGAAGACUAAUUUUAACAUCUGCCUAUGAAGGAGAUAUGUUUAGAAGUUUAGCCAGUGUUGUAAGUUAUGUACAUUUAUUAUGGGAAUUAGUAUUACUUAGUGAACCAAUUGUUGUUAUGGCUGGUUCACCUACUGGUUGCUCCGAAAUGGUCCAAGCACUUAUUGCAAUGAUUGCACCAUUAAAAUAUUGCGCUGAUCAUCGACCUUAUUUUACAAUCCAUGAUUCUGAAUUUAAAGAAUAUACUACAGAUGCCCCAACACCUCCUGCUGUAAUAUUAGGUGUAACUAAUCCAUUUUUUGCCAAAACUCUACAGCAUUGGCCUCAUAUUAUAAGAAUAAGUAAUGGAACUAAUAAUGAAAAUCAAAGAUACAAAAUAAAAAAAUCAGAGAAUCUUAAAAUAUUAGAUUCAAAACCAGGAGUUUAUACUCAGUAUAAACCUUUCCUCCACAAGGAUAAAACUAUAUUGAAAAAAUUAUUUAGAGGUAUUCAAACAAAGAGGCCAGGAGAAGUACAAACAGCUCUUUUAAAACGUCAUUUGAUAGAAUUAACUGAGAGUUUUAUGAUACCUCUUGAAAGAUAUAUUGCAAGUCUUAUGCCAUUACAGAAAGACAUAUCACCUUUUAAAGCUACUCCUAUACCUGAAUUAUUUAAUCCAGACGAUUUCCUAGCAACUUUAAGCAGUGCUGGACCACAAUUAACAACAGGCAUAAAAGGAGAUUGGGUAGGAUUGUAUCGACGAUUUUUUCGUUCACCUAACUUCUCCGGUUGGUUUUAUACUAGACAUACAGAGUUAUCACAAAAGUUAGAAGUCAUACAACUUGAGGCAUUAUCGCAAGCGGAUCUAAAAACCUGGGUGCAAGGAAAACAAGAGGUAGAAUUGGUAGAUAUGAUUCUUAGAAUUCGGCAGAAAUUAGAAAAGACUUAUAUUGAUGAAGUACCUAUAGAUAAUUCUGUGAGAGUAAAGCUUCAAGAAAGAAUAAACGACAUUACGCAUACAUUGCCAGAUGAUUUAAAAGACAUUUUAAAAUACGAAUCUUGACAUUACGAUUAUUGUAUUAAUUUUAAAACUCGUUAAAUGGUAUUGCCAUUUGAAAACAAUUUAAAAUUACCAGCUUGUGAUGGAGAGGAAAUUAGAUAGAAAAUAUUUGCAAGAAUUGCUCUCUAUUGUUAAAUAAUAAAUGAUUCACUCGAAUUGAAAAAAAAUAGCAAUUAAAAUAUGUAAAACAUAAAAGGCAUAAAACUGUAGAAAAAUAACUGUGUUGAUGUACUUUGGAAAAAGUCAUUCAUUUUUACUUGUAAUUUCAUUUUUUAUUCAAAUGAUUAAAUACUCCAAUGUGGAUACUAUAGGACCACAUAUUUUUUUUACAUGUAACAUGAAACGUGAUACACAAGUCAAUAAUGGUGCGUGAAAUAUUUCAUAGGUGCAACAAAAGACUUAUGAACUCUCGUUAGUAUUCCUAUAUUGAUGAUACUUCUUUUCUAUAAAUAAGUAUGUUUUUAAUAUUUUAUAAUUUAUGCAUAUGUUCUAUAGAACAAUUAUAAUUAAGUUUUCCUCUAACAUCGUUCAUUUAAAUAAUUUUUAAUGAUUUUGGACUUCUUUGAAUGUCCAAAACAUAUAUUUUUUAUUCCUAAAGUUAUUAUAAAUGUAACAGAAGAAAGAGAGUAAUUGCUACAUGUAUAUAUGCGUUUAAUUUGAGAUCUGUA